AUGGCGGCCUUCACUGGCCCGGCCAAGCCGCUCCUGUCCCUGAACCCGCAGGAGGAUACCAAGUUUAAGAAGGAGGUGGCACAGGUUCGCCGGCGCGCAAGCAAGCUACAGGAGAAACAAAAACUGACUCCUGGAGUGAUCUAUGUGGGCCACUUACCUCCGUCGCUUUAUGAAACCCAGAUCCGAGCAUAUUUCUCCCAGUUUGGCACUGUUACAAGAUUCAGACUGUCCAGGAGUACCAAGACUGGAAAUAGCAAAGGCUAUGGCUUUGUGGAGUUUGAAUCUGAAGAUGUUGCCAAAAUAGCUGCUGAAACGAUGAACAACUACCUUUUUGGCGAAAGACUCUUGAAGUGUCAUUUUAUACCACCUGAAAAAGUACAUGAAAAACUUUUUAGGGAGUGGCAUAUGCCAUUUAAAAGGCCAUCAUAUCCAGCAGUGAAACGGUAUAAUCAGAAUCGGACACUUCUUCAAAAGCUACGGAUGGAAGAACGAUUUAAAAAGAAGGAAAAAUCACUCAGGAAGAGAUUGGCUAAGAAAGGAAUUGAUUAUGACUUCCCUUCACUGGUCUUACAUAAAAAUGAAGAAAAUGCUUCAAACACUGGUCCUCGAAAUUCCAGAAAACACCAGGCUUUACGUAAGAAGAAGAAAAAAGCGGCUUUGGUCACUCCCAACACUCCUGAGAAGACUGUGGAUAGCCAGGACCCCACGCCGGUUUGUACACCAACAUUUUUGGAGAAACGAAAAUCUGAAGUGGCUAAAAUGAAUGAUGAUGAUAAAGAUAAUGAGAUAGUUUUCAAACAGCCCAUAUCUGGUGUAAAAGAAGAAACAAAAGACACUCAGACGCCUACAAGUUCAAGGAAGAAAAGACGAAAAAAAAGCACCCAGUAA